UUCAAAGGCUUUACAAUUAAAACACCAAAAACCCUUUUUCUCCGUCUUCACCAGUUUCCUUCAUAAUCACCCACCCUUCUGUCAGAGUUUAAGUGUAGAAAAGUAGAGUUAGUGUGUAAAAGGAAGAAGGCGAUAUGGGUUAUGCUCAGUUGGUUAUUGGUCCUGCUGGAAGUGGGAAGUCUACUUAUUGCUCAAGUUUGUACCAACAUUGUGAAGCUACUAGACGAAGGAUUCAUAUUGUUAAUCUUGAUCCUGCUGCUGAAAAUUUUGAUUAUCCUGUCGCCAUAGAUAUACGGGAGCUUAUAUCGUUGGAUGAUGUUAUGGAAGAGCUUGGACUUGGUCCAAAUGGCGCUCUUAUGUACUGCAUGGAACACCUUGAAGAAAAUUUGGAUGAGUGGUUGAGUGAAGAGCUGGAGAAUUACAUGGAAGAUGAUUAUUUAGUAUUUGACUGCCCAGGCCAAAUCGAACUCUUUUCUCAUGUUCCUGUUCUGAAGAACUUUGUGGAACAUUUGCAGCGUAAGAAUUUCAAUGUUUGUGCUGUAUACCUGCUUGACUCCCAGUUCAUAACGGAUGUGACCAAGUUUAUCAGUGGUUGUAUGUCUUCGCUCUCUGCGAUGGUUCAACUUGAAGUACCGCAUGUUAACGUCCUGUCCAAAAUGGACCUCGUGGCUAGGAAAAAAGACGUUGAAGAUUACUUGGAUCCAGAGCCUCAGACUCUUCUGUCUGAACUGAAUAAGCGCAUGGCUCCUCAGUUCCAAAAGCUUAAUAAGGCCUUAAUUGAAUUGGUGGAUCAGUACAGCAUGGUGAGCUUUGUGCCGCUUGAUUUAAGGAAGGAGAGCAGCAUACAAUACGUUCUCUCACAAAUCGACAACAGCAUUCAAUUUGGAGAAGAUGCUGAUGUGAAGAUUAGAGAUUUUGACCCAGAUGAUGAUCAGGACUAAAAUGUGUGUGGUCUUCUAAGAUUUCAUAACUGUGUAUUUGCAUUUGGUCUUACUGAUGAUAUUGUGAACAAAUACGAUAAAUUCUUUUGAUUAACAUGUCUUGUGAUCUAUGAAGGUAGUGUUAUAGGUGGUCUGACAGCUGGGUAAGAUCUAAAAUGGUUAAAGUUUAGCCAUGGGUCAAAACAAAUAUGUUCUAGUUUAAUGUGACGCCAACUCUUUUUUGUC